CCCAAAGAUCAAAUCCUUUAGUUAAAAUGGCGACUUCCAUGGAAAAAUUGACAGCCUUUUUAUUCUAAUACCUUUAAUUCAUAUGAACAUCAAUUAGAAAAUUUUAAAAUGACACUACAUUAGCAAAGUGGUCAAAUUGUUUUGAUCUACUACUAGGUUUUAAUCAAAUCAUGGAGCAAGAAAAUUUGCAGCACGAUGAAGAUGGCAAUAAAGACUCAGAAGCCAUAGAGGAGGUUAUAAACAAAGUGAAAUCACAGGGUCUUUUUGAUCAAUUUAGAAAAGAGUGCUUGGCUGAUGUUGAUACAAAACCUGCUUAUCAUAAUUUGAUUCAGCGAGUGGAAAAAUUUGUUGAAAGAUUUCUAAAUGGCCAAAAAUGGACUUCGAAUGUUAAUAAGAAUCAAUUGCGGGAAACUUUGAGACGUCAGUUAAAUAACUCAGGAAUCAUGAGUAUUGGUGUUGAUAGAAUAAUUGAGCAAGUUGUCAAUCCCAAGAUUUUAUUGGGUAUAAAGCCAAGAAUCGAUGAGGCAGUGUGUGAGCACUUGGGCAUUGAUCUCAAAUCUAGGCAAGAAGAGCAACAGAGACGAAAGCAAGAAAAACAGCGUCUCAUGCUUCAGAAUCAGCAACUACACCAGCAGCACAUGCAGGACAUGAUGAACCAGAAUAUGAAAAAUGAUGAGUCUUUUUCAUCUGGAUCUGGCAUUCUUCCAACUCCUAAUGAUAUGUCAUGGUCUCCUGGCAACUCAAAUUUUCUGGGUGGUCCAGGGCCUGGUAUGGGUCCAGGCUCAGGUGUACCUUACAAUAUGGGCUUUGGUGGAAUGAUGCAGCCUUUCUCAUUUAUGGGUCCCUGGGGUCCAGGGUUACCUGGUAUGGAAGGCUUUAAUCAAACCAUGAAUCCAAUGAUACCGGGGCAGCCAAUGAUACCACCGUUUCCACCAGCAAUGCCCGAUCCUGCUUUCAACACAUCACCAAGACCAGCACAGUCUACGCCAGAUUUUAGCAAACCACCACCAGGACUUCAAGGCUCUCCCUUGAUGAACGCAAAUUCAAGUAUUGGUUCAUCUCCUGGUGUUCCUGGACUUUCUACCCAGUCAAGCCCAGUUGCUCCUCCUGGCAUUCACCCAGUUCCUGUUGGACCGAUAAUUCGCCCGCCUCCACCUGGAUCCGUGCCACCACCUCCGGGUACUGUACCAGUUAUGGCCCCGUUGAUUCCUCCAGGGGCUCCAAUGGCACCACCCGUUUCCCCUCUUGUUCGUCCGAAUGUCCCUACCACUCCAAACAUACCUGCUCUAAUUUCUCACACGUUAUCUAAAGUGUCCAAAGAUGAAUUGACGCCAGAGAAAAUAGCUGUUUUUAAAACGGCUGCCGCGUUCAUCACUAAGACUGUAAGCAAUGCUCAGGGCACACCUGGGGGGGCAGAUCUAGCAACUAUGUUUUCUCCUCGGGUUUUGGCGGAGGCCAUGAUGGCUGAGUCAGGGGUGCCCCUCUCCAAACAUGAAAUCAGAGCAGCCAAACGUAAAGAGCGGAUGAAGGAAUAUGAACGUUUGAAAGCAGAACGAGACAAAGAAGAAGCUGCGGCCAAAAAGAAGGAAGCCGUGAAAGCUGAGGAGGAUCCCUUGCCACCAAAACACAAUUUAAUGGAUGUGUUUCAAGCUGCUGAGGAUGUCUCGGACGAUGAAGAAGCUUUUAAUAUGCUUAUAGAUGAAUCAGAAGCAGAAGACAGACAUAAACAGGGCAUUGUACUCUCUGAGGACUCGGACAAAGAGGAUGAAGAACAACCACCUACCAUCCAACCAGGAAAAAGAUACAAUUUUGCAUGGGACGUGGACAAGGACGGCCUCUCCGACGUGACUGUUAGUUCUAUUCACACCAGUGACAUUUCAUCCUUCGACACGUCUAGCAGUGAGAGUCUGAGUGAGGAAGAGGAAGACAAACCUUCAGAAGCAACAGAGGAGAAUCUUAAUCAGGAAGACAAGGAAGAUAACUCACAAAUAAAUGCUGACAUAGCAGAGCCAAAAGAUGAGAAACCUGCUGAGGUCAUUACUACCGCUGCUGUCCCAGACUCUAAAGAAACUAAAGAAUUAGUUCAAGCUAAAGACACUGAAGCAAAGCUUCUUUCACCAGAAACAGAAGUGAAACUAAAAGGCAGCAACGAAAUGGCAAGGCCUCGCAAGCUGGUGUCUCUUUCCUAUAGGUACAGUGAUAGUGAAGAGGAAGAAACAAGGGAGGAAAGAAAGGCCAGAAUCGCCAAAGAAAAAGAAGAGCGGUAUCUGAAACGACAACAGCGAAGAGCUGAAAUGGAAUCCAAGAGAAAAGAAAGAGAAGAUGAAAAAGCCAGACUUAAAGAAGAAAAGAAGAAACUUGAAGAAGACAAGAAGGAUGAAACUCAAAUCGAGGCAAUCACUGAUGAUGUUUCAAAAGUAGAAGAUCCUUCUAGUUUGACCUCUGUGUCUGUGACCUCUGUGACUGAUCAAGAGUCUCCCAACAAAAGCUCCCCCAAAAAGCGAAGAAAGAAAGCAGAACUCAAAGAACAAUUGCACCAACAAAAGGUAUUGGAAAGAAAGGCUGCCCUUUCUAGGCGGAGAACUCGCAAUCGCCGCUACGCCUCAGAAGAAUUUACUUCAAUUUUCACUGAACGUAAAAGUUUAAAUCAAAGCUACACUGAUCCACCCGCAGACAUUGUUACGUUCGAUGGAAGUCUAGAAGUAGUUGAGAUGACAGUAGACCAGGAGUGCGUAGUGGAGACUGUCAGUGAAACAGUGGAUGUGGUAGACGGAGAGAAGACAGAGGAUCUCACUUUGCAGUGCCCAUCUCCAUACAGUGACAUAUCUGACAAGUCCAUGUCAUCUGAAGACCAGAACAUGGCAGUUGAAAUGGAGCAGGUCUCCUCCGAUGAAGACUUGGACUCAGGAGAAGACAUAGAUGAGGAUGCCAGUAAAGAUGUCAAGUCUUCCGUGGAAUUAGAUGAGACUGAAGUUAGCCAGGAAUCUUCAGUUAAAAACAUAGCCCCUACUAGAUCCAACAGUACUGCCAUUGAUGUGACAGAUAAAAGGAAAUCACCUGAGCUAACAGAAAAUCGGAAUAGUCGCAGCCAAAGGUAUGAAGUGGAUGAUCUUUAUAAGCCGCGUACAAAUCGAAGAAGAGCCACUUCACCUCCCGCUGUGCCUUUGGAGAGCAAGGUGAUCGCAGGCACAGACAGUCAGUCUGAUGAUGAUAGAUUUUCUCAGAAAAGUCAUUCAUUAGUGUCCUCCCAGACUGUAUCGCAGUCAUCAGAGCAAGAAGCAGAGAAGGUCAACUUGGUCACAGCCACAGCUGCAGAAGAGGAUGCAGGUGUUAAGGAGCCAGUAGAUAUAAUGGCUGACCUUGAACUUGAGCCUGUAUCUGACGAGGAGGAGACCCCCUUAGAAGAAAUCUGUGUUAACAAUGCUGAUGGGGCUGAACAAGAAGAUGGCGAGGAGGAGGAUUCUGACGAGCCCGUGAGUUCUGUUAAGAAAGAAACACCGCCUUCUACAGAGACGCCCCUUGCUGUGCCAGCGGCUGGGCAGAAAGAGGAGGAUGAUGCGUCUGAUGAGGGAGAGAUUAAAAGUAGCUCCGAGGAUGACAAGAUAGACAGUGAGGAAGAGAAAGAAAGAGCCGCACACAGAAAACCAAUUGAACUUGUUGAUUUUGGUGAAGCUGAGAAAAGGGCAAGAGGAAGCCGCGGCUACUUCCCAGAGGUGGUAGAUAGAAGACCCAUCAGAGGCUCUGCAACUCACAGCUCUUAUAGAGGUGGUUACACCUGGACCUCAACAGAGCCUCCAAGCUAUGUACCUAAUGUUCAAAGGUAUCCUGUGAGUCACGAGGGAAUCCUAACAUCUCAUUCAAAGUCUCCCUUGGGCUAUGAUGGUGCUGAUUCAGAGGCAAGUUCCCAAAGCAGGUGUUCUGUCAGACUAAGGGACGAUGUUCCUCCUCCCUAUCCCAUCGAAGGCGUGAACACAAGAAAGAGGCGAUCUCCUCUAUCGGAGGUGGGCUCCUCAGGACUGUACAAACCAGUAUCACCACCUUCGCCAGUGUCGUCAUCAUCGUCGUCCUCAUCUCGGUCGGUGGGAUCCUACUCGUCGUCAAGGUCAAGGUCUAGCUCACACUCUCGCUCCAGCUCUCUUUCAUCCACUUCGUCUUCACACUCCUCUCGUGAAAAGGCCAAACGCAAGAAGAAAAGAAGGAGGCGGAGAAGCAGCAGAAAUAAAGAAGUGUCAAAUGUCAGGCAGAAGUUCUCCUCCAGUAAAAGCCUAGAUACUUUUUCUCCAAUCAAAGGGCCUGAAAUAAUGCCCAAAGUUGUCUCCGAACCCCAGUUACUCGAGCGUCUACUGUCUUCUGGCCAUGAGUCUAUUUCAUCAGAUGAACUGCCUUACUUUCCAGAUGACGAGCCUCAACCCCCGCUGUCCCCUCCUAAGGUCAAAGUUAAAAGAAGGCGUUCUUCUCAAUGUGAUUCCUCUACAGGAAGCUCAUCUUCAAAGUCCCCUGUAAAUAAAAAGCAACGCUGCAGCCAGUCGCCAGGCAAAGAAUCUAUUUCAUCUAGUGAAUUAAUUUAUUCCCCUACAAGAUUGAAAUCACCCAAGAAAAUGUCGGAAGCUGAAAAUGAUGAUGAUGACAAUCUUUCCAUUGAGCGGCCACCAAUGUCCCCAGGAAGAAGUUCAAUUUCAUCAGGUGAAUUGCCGGACUAUCCAGAACAAGACCUUGAAGGAUUUUCACCACACCACCCCCCACUUCAACAAGAAGACAUUGAUAGAUUUCAACCUCCUUUACCGCCGUCUCCCCAGAACUUUGACAUCAAUCCCCCAUUGCCACCACCAUUGCCUGAGAUGCCACCUGAACCUUCACAUUCACCACCUGAAUCCCACCAUUUAAUACCUGAGGCCCCGCCUUCAUCACCAGAAGAAGAUGGAGAGAUAACAGAAGAAACAGAAUUCAGUGGCGCUGAGAACUCCGUCACAGAGAAAGCUUCUUGUGUCCAAAUGUCUAACCCGGACUCCGCUAUUGAUACUCAGCCUGAAAUACAAUGUGAAGGACCUAGUCCCCAGCCUUCUUUAAGCCCUAAAGAUUCUGCUCCUGCCAAAGAGGAUAUUGUCAUUCCACUUUUAGAGGUUUCUGAACAUUCAAGCUCAACUCCGCCCCACUCAGAGCCUCCUUUACUUUUAGCAACUGAAAAUUAUAGCCGCAUGACAUCAUCACAAGGUACCUCAGAAUGCAUCCCAGAGAAAGUUAAAACGGCUGUUGAAGAAAGUGAUUUGGGAAGAGAAGGUUCUGACACUACAGUAGUAGAAUGUAGUUCUAUUAAUUCUAAUACAGACAAUAGGCAAUCUUUAACAGUAGUGAAUGACAAAGACAUUUUGCCAACGAGAGUUCAACUUUCAGACAUAGAAACUCAAGAGCAGUCAGGUAUUCAAAGAGAUGAGAUGCUGACUAUAGAUGAUGUUUCUGAGAUCCCAAGUGGUGCAACAGAUUCAAAAUCUCUCAAAGGAGAUGUUGAUGAAGCAAUGGGAACUUUCAUUGGUGAGUGUAUACAAAAAACAAACUUUGACCAUUCUCUUUCACAGUCCCUUGGUGAGGAAGCACAUGAACCAACAGCUUUAGAAAGUUUGGGGGAGGUAUGUGAACCAGAAGCUUCAAUAAGUGUGGAUGAAGUUCAUGAACCUGAAGCUUCAGAAAGUGUGGCUAAAGUACAUGAACCAGAAGAUUCAGAAAGUGUGGAUAGAACACAUGAACCAAAAGCUUCAGAAAGUGUAUAGAAAUCAACAGAUUCAGAAUGUGCUGGGAAUUCCAGCUUACAGUAGAACCUGGAUAUGAAUCGUGCUUUAGUCAAUUAUUAAACUAUUUAUGUAUGGGGAAAAACUACAAUGAAAUUUAUUAUGUUGGAUUCAGUUUUGUUUUUUAGUAUUCAAAUGUUGGGAGCUUCCUUCUUUUACUGCCAUUGACAUUCUUUGUCCAAAACUAGAUGGAGACACUGUCUUAUGGGGCAAACUUUAAGUCAAUGUCUUUGCUAAAAUCCCUUUAACUUUCUCUACCAUCUAAACUUAAAUGCAUUUCUAAUGUUCAACAUUUAUCUUGUUCACUUGAGUGUAAGGAUGUGUCAUUGGGGGGAUCCUGGAUUUUGUCUGCCUAAGACUACAUAAGAUUCUUCAACAGAGAAAUAAGUUUGGGUCCAAUACUUUAGAACUAUUUUUAUUUUAAAUAGUUAUUAAAAAUAUCAGAUUGUUGUAUACAAUACAUGCUGUUAUGUGCCAGUGUAACAGAGAGUAGCUCUGAAUACAAAUCAUUAACUUGUAAUCUGUUUUGUUUACAAGACACUAUAUAACUUAAGACACUAAGAAGAAAUUAACACUUAUACCAAAUAUUUUUGCCUAGUUUUUUUUACUAUUUUUACAGAAAUUUGUACAAGAUUUUUGUUGAUUUUUGUUUUAUAUGAUAAACUACAUGAUAUGGAUUCUUUUCUUUCUGUGUAAUACAUAUAUUGAUGUAAACAGUUGUGUUUCUAAGUUAGACAUGAGAGAUGACAAGUUUGUAUUCAGAGCUUCCCAGUCAUUAAAUCAGGGAUCUUUCUACAUUACGGCUUUCCUCUAGUUCUGUUGAAUGUCUGCACCUAUACACUUGGUCUACAUUUCUUGACACUAUUUUAAUAUCAUUGGUCUUUUUGUAUAGUUCAUUCUUCUGGUUAGCAUAUAUUUGUUAUUUGUAAGUUACUGUUUUUUUUGUUACUGACUGGCUACUCCAAUGUUGUUUGUGAAUAAAAAAACAACAAAGUU